GUGGUGCAAUAAAGUUGGAGCGGUUUUUUUCAAGUUGUUUUACUUCCUUGGCAAAUUCCUAGGCUUGACGGCUCUGGAAUUUGACUUUAAAUCCAAGGUUUUCCGGACCUCUCGGAGAGCUACCCUGGUGUCAUGUGGCAUUUGUGUGUUGGUUGCGGUCGCAUCCCCGUUCGCGGCAAUAUUAAGUUCGGAAAUUUAUAGGGCGUCCGGACUGCAUAUCGACGAAAAUAUGUCCUUGAUAGCUGCUGCACAAUUUUGCUUGGGUUUUGCGAGUUCUUUUGUGGCGCUUGUGUGUCAACUGUGGAAGCGCCAUGACGUGUGUCGCACGGCAAGGAACUUUCAAAAAGUUCUCAACAGGCUGUCAGCUGAAGCCAAAAUGGGUUAUAUAGGCGACGACGGAGGCAAAGGCAACCUCGACAUCAUCACUCCUUGGAUAAUUCUGCUCAUCGUGAUAAAGUUCUCCAUCACAAUGUACGAAGUGAUAAUGAACCUUCCAUAUAUCAUCGAGUAUGGUGACAUCAUCAACGUGGAAUCGUUCAUAGCGUUCUUUCUGAAUUUAUACAUAGCCCAGAUUGCGGCUGUCUUCUCGGACAUUGUUUUCGCCAUCAUGCUGCUGUUGGCGCGAUACUUUUAUCUGCUGGAUGAGAUAUUGAAGGCCCUGCAACUGGAGAUGCAGGCUGAUGGCGAUGGGUUGACUCAGACUCAGGCUGCGAUGCAAAUUCGCGUCCACCAAAAGAAACUUACCCAAGUGCUGCGGCUCUAUACGCAAAUGAAGCGGAUGGCUUCUGAGUUUGCAAGAUGCAUAGAAGUUUCUAUUUUCGUCCAGAUGUUUAAUACCUUUGCCAAUUUGCUGACGAAUUUAUACGCUUUGCUGGAUUUUUAUGUGAAAGGGAAUGUGUUGAGCGCGCUGAACUUGGUCUAUGUGGUGAUGAUAUUCUCGAACAUCUGUCUGCUGCUUCAUGGUGCGGAAUGGGUGAAGAAGAACUCGGAGCAUCUGAGGGAUACCAUCUUGGAUUUAGACGCAAGUUGGGGUAGUUUGAGAUCUAAAUUCAGGAGCGAUGUUUUGGUAUUCAGCUACUGGCCAGAGGUGUUUGAAAUCAAUGUUUUGAGAAUGUUUUCGUUGAAUAAUUCUUUUCUUCUGUUUUUGAUUUCUUAUUCGAUAAAUUUUGUUGUAAUUAUCUUGCAGUCUAUUGUGACAAAGGCGUUAUUUGAGGAAUUUGAAGAUUAAAGUUGAAUGUUUAAGUUCAACCUGUUGCAAUUCACGAAAAUUUAAAGUCAUUAUCAAAAAAUGAUUUUAUAGUUUUAAAAAGAUAAGAAAAUAUUUAAACCUUUCCUGAAGCUACCUUUAAAAUAUAUCUUUCCAUAAUGCAUUUGGUACAAAUAUUUAAUCUUUUUUAAACUUUGAAACUAUGUAAGUAAUCUUUUAAAUUUUGUUGUUGAUAAUAAUGAUAUUCUGUAUUGAAAUUGUGUUGAGUAUCUAAAUCAGACAGACAUUGUGAAAGCUAAAAUUUUCUUAUCAUUACUUUCGGAUUUAACUUUAAAACUUCAACUCCAACUCAAAACCCAACUCCAACUUCAACUUCAACUCCAACUCCAACUCCAACUCGAAAUCCAACUCCAACUCCAACUCCAACUCCACCUCCAACUUCAACUUUAACUCCAACUUCAAUUUCAACUUAAACUUCAACUUCAACUUCAACUUCAACUUCAACUUCAACUUCAACUUCAACUUCAACUUCAACUUCAACUUCAACUUCAACUUCAAC